GCCAUGUUGGAGAUGAGAGAUGAAAGAGAAGAUCGUAGUCAGGUGACGAACCGUCUCCAACAGAUCUCGUCUGUCGUUGUCCACACAACACACCUUGAAUAGUAGCACACUCAAAUUGCAUCCCAAUCCAACAACAUGAAGUUCACCCACAACUACCACCGCCACCAAAUCCCAGAAUGGACGUCCUCCUACGUGCCCUAUGCAGCCCUGUCACGACAGCUGAAACACAUUGUCUGUGAGGCUGAGUUGAUGGGAAGAGAGCCGUUUUUCGAUGAAAUCUAUGGGUCUCUUGCUGGGAGUGUUGAGUCUUUCAACAAAUGUUAUGAAGGAAGGUAUCAGUUUUUGUGUGCUAGGCGCGCGGAGAUUCUCAAAGCGUAUGGCUUGGAGUCUGAAGGGAAUGUCCUGUCGAAGAUAGGAGACGCGAAUUGCGCUGAGCUGGGGAAUCUGCUCAACGCGGUGGUGGAGUUGCGCGGAGAUUCAGACAAGCUGCAGUGGUAUUACCGCGUGAACGCUGAAGCGAUUGAUCUGAUACACGCGAAGAUCGAGAGACACUGCGUUCACCCGAUGGUGAAAACCCAUCGAUCUCGCAAGUCAAGGUGGAUGGACAUGACUGCUGACUGGGAGACGCGGUCUACACAGUUCGGCGAGAGUCUCAGCAUGUUGACAGCGGGUAUUGCGCGAUCUUGUGCGAAUGCAAAGCUUCACCCGGGGGAGGGAUCGUCGUGUUUGGAUUGCGUGGGUGGGCGGCACACAUGGUUGGAUGACUACCGCGCUUCUCUGGUGUCUUUUAUCAGGGAGGAUAAUAAGUCGUGGGAGCUGGCUCCAAUGCUAGAAAAGAUGUCGGUGGAUGACGCCAUCAUGGGGCUGCAUUUCCGUGCCCUGGUUUAUGAUCUAGCGCUGCUUGCUAUCGUCUCUGGGGCGCGUGAUUCGGCGGCCUUUCUGCUGGAGAAGGCGUUCACUAGGUAUGGUGCUGCGGUUGAUCACAACGUCUUGAACCAGAUCAUCGCUGUCGUGGGUCGGAGGGGUGUGCUGAAUGGGCAGUCGAGCUUGAAGCUGCUGACCUGUUCCCUGGGUGAUGACACUGGAGGUCAGGAUGGAAUGGGGGAGAGUUUAUUCCUCCGUGCGGUUGAGCGUCUCGGUCCCGAUGGGGAAGAUAUUCUCUUGUCAACGGACAUCUUAGGUCGCCGUCCUCUUCAUUAUGGCGCGAUGUAUGGAUUGCAGACCGUGUGCCAGCGGAUUCUGCGCUAUUUUGAGGAACGGGGGUUGCUACGCCUUGCAAGACAGAUCCUGACGGUGGACUCUCAAGGACAGACGCCUUUGCAUUACGCUGUUAUCAACAAUCAUGCGGGCGUUACACGGAUCUUCCUAGAUGUACUCGACGGAGUUGAAGACAGUGAAACCCAAAACCAGACAGCCAUCUCGAACGAAGUCUUCUCCAUCGCCGUCAAGUACCAGCACGAUGAGAUCGUGUACAUGCUGGCAAAGUGCCGCGCGGUAUCUCACCCGUCUCACGGAGAAACAGAAACAGCCCUCUACAUCGCAGCCCAAAGCGGCCGUGCUGAUUACGUGGAGGCCCUGCUAAACCACAACAAGGACAUCGAUCUCAAUAUCAACACACCCGAGCCUAUCCACGGCUGGACCCCGCUGUUCAUCGCCUGCGUGGAGGGCCACCACGCCGUGGUCAGGCUGCUUUUGCGCGCAGGUGCGAAACAAGACAUACGUGAUCAGCUCGGGUGGACUGCGAAGGAGCAUGCUGCGCUGAGGGGCCAUCUGGAGAUAGCCGAUAUGGUGGAUGCGGGGAACACUGACGAUCUUGAUAUUUCCGGUGGCCCUUCCAGCGUACUACCCAAGACUGCACCCACGGAGAAAGCCAUCUUUCGAAAAAACCGCAGCUACGUAAUCGUCAAUCUUGGUGCUCUGCAAUAUGGUCAACGGGGGGAAGCGCUGGAAUUGAGAGAUUCCAGCCACAGUCUACCGAUGCCAAAGAGCGUGUAUGCGCAUAAUGGCCUCUCGAUGGAAAUCUCCAUCGGCGACGGACGCGACACCAACAGUCACCGUGUACAACUGCCCCUGCUAAGAGACAUGCUCAACGAGCCGUUCGUCUUCCCAGUCGUGGACCCCACCGAGGCUGUUAUAUCGUUUAAGCUGUUUCGUGCGGGACACAGGCUGGUGGGUAGUGGUGCAGCACUGUUGAAAAGCCUCAACGAUGGUCUUGGAGAGGGCCGUGAGAGUCUUGUUCGCACGCGUACUAUAGCUAUUCUUGAACGGGAGAAGUUGGGUGUUAUGGGGACUGUGACGUUUACUUUUGUGGUUGCUGGGCCGGUGGAUUGUGCGGUUUCGAGAUCUUUGCAGAGUCGUGAUGUGAGAGGUGGAGGGGUACAGCUCGUUGGGCAUAGAGGACUCGGGCAAAAUACGGCCAGCCGCACGUAUCUCCAAAUGGGGGAGAACACGAUCGAGUCAUUUCUCUCAGCUGCAAAGCAAGGCGCUGCCUUUGUGGAAUUUGACGUGCAAUUAACCAGAGACCUUGUGCCUAUCAUCUACCACGACUUCUCGCUGAGUGAAUCGGGAACGGACGUCGCUAUCCAUGAUUUGAGUUUUGAUCAAUUUGCAUACGCGAGCAAGCUCCAAUCUACAAUCAACCAGCCGAUAUGCAUGCCGACCAAACCCCGUUCACGGUCAUUGACAAAAGCCCAUGAACGCGAGCUCGAGGGAACCCGCCAGAGAAUGAUGCACACUAUUGAUUUCACCAGCAAAGGGUUCAAGCCAAACACUAGAGGUGACUUCAUCCAGGAUUCGUUCGCCACGCUGGAUGAAUUGCUUGUGCAAUUGCCUCAGUCGAUUAGCUUCAAUGUCGAGAUAAAAUACCCCCGCCUCCACGAAGCAGCAGAAGCAGGCGUCGUCCCCGCCUCCAUCGAAAUCAACACCUUCAUCGACAAGAUCCUCUCGCAGAUAUUCCACCAUCCCCAGCCUAAUCGCUCCAUCAUCCUCUCCUCCUUCACCCCCGAAGUCUGCAUCCUCCUAGCCAUCAAACAGCAAGUAUACCCCGUCAUGUUCAUCACCAAUGCAGGAAAGCCGCCCAUGACAGACAUGGAGAUGCGAGCAGGCAGCAUGAAAGCCGCCGUCCGGUUCGCUAAGCGAUGGAACCUCGCGGGGAUUGUCUUUGCGAGCGAGUCGCUCGUGCUUUGUCCGCGGCUUGUGAAGUAUGUGAAGGGGAGGAGCCUGGUGUGUGGGUCUUAUGGGGCGCAGAAUAAUUGCCCUGAGUAUGCUAAGAUGCAAGCUGCCGCUGGGGUUGAUUUGAUUAUGACUGAUCGGGUUGGGCUUAUUUCUGCUGCACUGGGCUAGGUGGUGCUCUGCUUGAGCUUCCUACAUUCGUUGUCGUCCAGCUCUGUACAUACAAUGGGCUCUAGGACCCAGAUGGAGAUACUUUACAUUCACCUUAAUACAUAUUCAACACAAUUAUCAA